AUGCCUUAUAACACCUGCUGUCCUGCUGCUUCACAAGCCUGUACAAAGACUUCUACUCUGCACCUCAGUCUUCUCAAACUACCUGUUCCAGAAGUUCUGAAUAAUGGAGAGAAUUCAGUCAAUGAUGAGAUGAAGAAGCAGAUGAAUGAGAAGAAUAUAGAGACUCAGUCUGAGAAUUCUUGAUAUCUGUGAAUCUCUACAUCUGAGUCUGACAUCUCAUACAGAUUAUAUGAAUGAGUGAUUAUCAAUAAGAUAAAG